UUGUAAAUAGAUGAAAUAUGCAAUAUUUUAAGGUUUUCUAUUGUCCUCAUCAUAGUGUGUGGGUUCUCCAGUUUGUGCUUUGGGUUUUAUAGUUCUCGUUCUGCUCCUUCAGAGGCACCAUUGAUGUCAUGUCCCGUGUAAUGAGUCACUACGACUCCAAUCCUUUUGACGAGGAGGCUAAUCCCUUCAAGGUGAGUUCUACAUGACCCACACAUACAGAUUUUUACUCACGUUUGUGUUCAUAUUCAGUGGUUGGAUUUUUGAAUUUGUGGAAUUGGGGAUGUAACGGCCCAAGGAUUCGUUGGAUUUUAUUGUUAGGUUGCUGAUCUCAAUAUGGUUGUUAGUUCUGCUUUUGGUAUUACAUUUCUAUGGUGGGUUAGACUUUUAGAAUUCUUUAAUCGCAAUGUGCUUCGCGUAGCUAUUUUUUAACCUAUAUUUUCCUUCUUCAAUAAUCUAACUUAGUUUUUACACGUAAAUAAUUUAACUUUCUCUAUUUGGUUGUAGAGAAAUUUGAGAAAAUGAGAUGAAGCACAGUUUUUGAAUCUUGUGAGCUAUGUUUUCUGAUAUGUGCAUUUUCUUUCUUUAUUACUGUCAGAUUUAUUUUAACUUUUCAUAUGGCGAUGAGUUGUUUGUUACUUAUGAUUUAUUAUUCAACCACUUGAAAUGUUUAAGAAUAUAUUAUAUUCUAUCCACAAACAUGUGUAUGAGAUGUUUGCUUUUGCCUAAGAAAGGUAGAGACGGGAAGUUUACUUUUAUAAUAAGCAAAUUUAAAUGCGUGAAGUUAUUAUGUCACGGGUGCUGGGGACUGGCUCGUGAAGAGGAGAGAAGCAUUGAGGCUGUAUAGCAGGGAAUGAAUUGAUGAGUUCUUGUUUAUACUUGGAAUUCUUUCAGUGUUCUGAGUUGUUUGAGGAAGUGCAGUAGUGUUCUUGGUAGCAAGAACAUUACAUAUUAGCAGAAAAUAUGGGGAUUAGAUGGAGUGGGAAUGGCUUGUUGAGAUGUUUAUACUCCCAAUAAUGGAAAUACCCUUGGAGAUGUUGCCGGUGGCCCACAGACGGAUUUGACCGCUUGAGGGAAAGGAUCAGGGCCAAUCAAACUAUCGUAGAGGUGCAUUUUAUAUGCCAGGGUGAUUUUGGUGCUGGGCUUUUGGAUCUCCAUGCUAUGGAUGAUACAGAGCUUCUGUCUGAGCGAAUCAAGAAGGAUUUCAUCCAGAGACAUGGUGGAGGAAAAGCUGCAACAACAGUUGCCAAUAGCCUCAACAAGGAGUUUGGGCCCAAAUUGAAGGAGCAGGUGCAAUAUUGUGUAGAUCAUCCAAAGGAUAUCAGCAAGCUGGCUAAAGUGAAAGCUCAGGUUUCGAAAGCCAAAGGAGUUACGAUGGAAAAUAUAGAGAAGCUUCUCGGCCUUGGAGAAAAGAUUGAGCUUAUGGUGGAUAAAACAGAGAACCUUCAUUCUCAGGAGUUUCCGUUCACAUUUUAAAAACAUAUAAUGCUACAAUAGGGUGUUCGGAUUUACAACAAAGAUAGUUUGGUAAAUUUGGCCAGGAUGUGAUGGAACAUCAGGUUUAAUAUGGAUGCCUCCUGAAGUCAAGGCAAACAUUUUCUUCCCCAUUCUUCAUACCCUGGUAUUGAUGCCCUGUUGUUUUCAAAAAAUGGAAAAUGCAACUCUCCUAGCUGUUGUGUGAUUAUGUUAAGCUUUUAUAGGAUGCUGAACUUUUGCCUUCUCAGCCACAAAAAAUAAGAAAAAGAAAAAGAGCAGUCAUUUCAGUUGAGGAGAACGUGUUGGUUCUUGAGACAACAUGGCCUAUUGGGAUUGGUGGAGCUUCUCAUCUACACUUUUAGAAGGUUAGCAUAUGAGUGUGUGUGUGGGCAGGGGGAGAUGCAGAGAGGUUUGAAGGAUUAUCAAGAUGAGAAUCAUGUAUGCUGCAGAUCUAUUUAGGAAGACGCAUUGCCUAUACCAUGACCGUUUACCAUAUCUCCAAAAAUAUUGCAGCAUAAGUUUCAGAAAAGGAAUGUAUCAUCCACCUUGGUGUAGAAGUAGAUUAGCUUCGACAGCAACUCCAUAAGAGAUUCAAUGUCCUGUCCAUCAGCCCCAUCAAUGAAACACCGACAAAAACCUUAAAUAUUCAUUUCCACCAAACUGUGUAACCUUAUAUUUUUAUAACUUAAUGAAACUUUUGCAUGACAUCUACUGUUGGGCCGUUGGCUAAAAAAACUGUAAUUUAAAUUGCCAUAGUUUGCUUAUUUACUGAACUUGUAUGAAUUUAUGAUUUGUUUUAACUUGUACUGUUUCACUUGGUACUUAAUGAAGAAUUUAUCCAUCCA